AGCAGCUCCCACCUCCCCUUCUUCUAGUCUCUACUGCUCGCUCCUUUUCCCCAUUCCACGCACCGGCUAGGCUACUCCUCCUCGCUGCUGCCGCCGCCGCGCGCCAGCGAAUCGCCGCCUCGGGAGGGCUCUCGGCCCCGAUCAGGGCUUCGGGGCCUCGGGGGCGUGGGCACGUCAAGUUUUUGUUCCUGCAAGGAGCGGCAAGGGAUUCAGAGCGAUUCAUAAAGGCUUGUGGUGGUGGUGGCGGCGGUGUUGGCCGGAGGGCGCCAUGAGCUUCGUGUUCCGGGGGAGCAGGGCUGACAUCGAGGCCGGAGGCUUCCCGGGGUUUGCCCCGGAGCGCCGCGCCAUGCGGAUUCAUGCGGGUGGCCGGCCGGUGAACAGCAACCUGGCUUUUCUUGUAACUGUUCUUAUGCUGUUCAUGGUACUGAACUCACACCAGAUGUCUCCGAAUUUUUUGCUUUGGCUGGUUUUGGGUGUGUUCCUAAUGGCCACCAGCCUUAGGAUGUACGCCACGUGCCAGCAGCUCCAAGCACAGGCGCAAGCUCAUGCUGCAGCUGCCAAUGGCUUCCUUGGCACCGAGCUGCGGGUGCAUGUCCCUCCAACCAUAGCUCUUGCUACACGAGGCCGUUUGCAGAGCCUUAGGCUCCAACUUGCGCUACUCGACCGUGAGUUCGAUGAUUUAGAUUAUGAUGCCCUUAGGGCCUUGGAUGCAGACAAUAGCCCUCAUGCUCCUUCAAUGAGUGAAGAAGAAAUAAAUGCACUUCCUGUAUUCAAAUACAAAGUUCAGGCUCAAGGAAAUGCCUCUUCCAGAAAAAGUGGACCAUCUCAACCAUCUAUUUCUUCUACUGAAGCUAGCAAUGAGAAAAAGCAGGAUCUUUUCAAGGCUGAUGGAACUGACAACACCCUGGAGGAUGAGUUGACAUGCACGGUUUGCUUAGAGCAAGUCAUUGUGGGUGAUCUAUUGAGAAGCCUACCAUGCCUGCAUCAGUUUCAUGCAAACUGCAUCGAUCCGUGGUUGCGCCAACAGGGAACAUGCCCAGUUUGCAAGCACCGGGUAAGCGAUGGGUGGCAUAGUGAAGCAGAUGCUUCUAAUAUGGUAUAGGCUGCUGAAGUGCCAGCAGGUCUUAAGCUAAUAACUACUGACAAAACCUGCGGAAUGGGGAAUAGCUGUUUAGUCUUGAGGAGUGUUUUUGUACAUAGGAAAAUGUUCACUUGUGGUAUUUUUGGUUGACCUGUACCCUAUUUCAGUAUGAACUUACAUGCAAUCCUUUACCCAGUUUCGUCGGGGAAGUUGGCAUUUUCUAUGUGUUUAGGAGAUCCAAAUGAUGUAUUACUCGCAAAGUUAAGUAUCUGUCAAUUCCUCGUUGAUUUUUGAAGUUUGAACUAAACCCUUUGUUUUGAACUCAAACAUCCCGUAUGUGAAUGGCACUGGUUUA